GCGUCCCAGAGAGCCGGCCCCGGCUGCCGUCGCGGGGAAGUGCCGCCUGGCGGGGUCACGGCGCCUGAAGCCCACGUGCGCCGCCGAGCCCGAGGUGGCCUCGAGCGCGGCGGCUGACAGCAGAACCCGCCUGAGCUGCCUCCCGCGCUCCUCCCCGAGAAAAGGAUUUUGAUUUCAAAGAAAGGAAGGAAGGAAGGACAACUCCCAGCUUCCCCGUCCCGCCCUCCCCGCUCCGAGGGCCGGGCCAGGCCAUGCCCAGGAAGGCAGCGGCGGCAGCGAAGCAGCAGAAGGGACUUUCCUGGCAGCCCGGCGACGAGGAGCGCGGACAGUGAGUUUGCUGUGCCCCGGUUCAUGGUUCCUGCAAGCCCUCUAGGAGGCCGAAAGCUGCAGCCCCUCCCCUUGCUCCGAAGAGCCUCCCGCGUUCGCUGGCCCUCGGGCCCACCCCGCGCCGCCCCAGAUCCCGCCGCCGCAGCCCAGUGCCCUCUGCCCGCGGCGGUGGAUGGCAUGAUGGUGCGGAGAAGGCACCGCGGCCUUGGCCAGCUGAGUCGCGACGGUCGCCGGGGCGGCGGCAGUGGCCGCGGCAGUGGCGGUGGUAGCGGGCUCCCCAGCGGCAUGCCAGUGCCCCCCGGGCGCGAUGGCUAGCGGCAGUGCUGGGAAGCCCACUGGCGAGGCGGCUUCUCCGGCUCCUGCGAGCGCCAUCGGCGGGGCGCGGAAGAGGCUGGUAUCCGUCUGCGACCACUGCAAGGGAAAGAUGCAGCUGGUGGCGGACCUGCUGCUGCUGUCGAGCGAGGCGCGGCCGGUGCUCUUCGAGGGCCCCGCCUCCUCUGGUGCCGGCACCGAGUCCUUCGAGCAGUGCCGAGACACCAUCAUCGCGCGCACCAAGGGGCUCUCCAUCCUCACCCACGACGUGCAGAGCCAGCUCAACAUGGGCCGCUUCGGGGAGGCGGGGGACAGCCUGGUGGAGCUGGGCGACCUGGUGGUGUCGCUGACCGAGUGUUCCGCCCACGCCGCCUAUCUGGCCGCUGUGGCCACGCCGGGCGCGCAGCCCGCGCAGCCGGGCCUGGUGGACCGCUACCGCGUGACGCGCUGCCGCCACGAGGUGGAGCAGGGCUGCGCCGUGCUGCGCGCCACGCCGCUGGCCGACAUGACGCCGCAGUUGCUGCUGGAGGUGUCGCAGGGCCUGUCGCGCAACCUCAAGUUCCUGACGGACGCGUGCGCCCUGGCCAGUGACAAGUCACGGGACCGCUUUUCGCGCGAGCAGUUCAAGCUGGGCGUCAAGUGCAUGAGCACCAGCGCGUCGGCGCUCCUGGCCUGCGUGCGCGAGGUCAAGGUGGCACCCAGUGAGCUGGCGCGCAGCCGCUGCGCGCUCUUCAGCGGGCCCCUGGUGCAGGCCGUGAGCGCCCUGGUAGGCUUCGCCACCGAGCCGCAGUUCCUGGGUCGCGCGGCAGCCGUGAGCGCCGAAGGCAAGGCGGUGCAGACCGCCAUCCUGGGAGGCGCCAUGAGCGUGGUGUCGGCCUGCGUGCUCCUGACCCAGUGCCUCAGGGAUCUGGCGCAGCACCCCGACGGGGGCGCCAAGAUGUCGGACCACAGGGAGAGGCUGAGGAACUCGGCCUGCGCCGUUUCUGAAGGCUGCACCCUGCUAUCUCAGGCUUUAAGGGAGAGGUCUUCGCCCAGGACUUUACCGCCAGUGAAUUCCAAUUCUGUGAAUUAGCACCGCCCCCCCCAUACCCCUUCUUCCACCCCAGACUAAAGGAAGAUACUCUCUGCCCCUCUCCAUUUAUACCAAAGAAAUCAUAGGUGAAACCCCCUACCCUCCCCAACGUUAAAUGCUGGAAAGCAAUCUUCCAGAAGGCAGGGCCCUGCGUACAACCUGCUCACGCACUCCGAGGGCCCAGGUGUCUGUCCGGCAGCCCCCACGCGGUAGCGACUGGAAGGUGGUGUCAUCUGCUGGCUGUAUUAUCACUCCCGCCCCCUACCCCAGCCCGUCUUCCGGAAUUUUUCAACUAAAUUUUAUUAUUCAUUGGGCAGGAAAGAGGUCAUGGGUUCAUUUCAUUUUCGUUGUUUUGUGUUUUUAAGUCAAAGAAAGGUUACCUCAGUUUUCACUCCUUAGACAUGGAUGUAGCUAACCUUGUGUUGUAUGUCAUUUUUUUUAAGCAAUCGUGUUGAAUUAGGAGUAUACUUGGUGUGGAAAGAGUAUGAAUUCGCCAUGUGAUUUGCAAAUGGGGGGAAGCUACUGUGAGUGUGUGUUUUAUUUUUUAAUUUACACUAUAGAGUGAUUUUUUUUUUUCCCCCAACGUCAAGUUUUUACCUUGCAUGUACUGGAGUAUUUAUUUCAUCUAUUAAAAUGUUAUGUUUCUCAGA